CCUAGCCCAAGCUGGGCCUCCAGUCUUUAACUCUGCUCCUUCGGAGGGGAAGCCACCAGACCACCACACGUCUUGCAGACUGCAGCUUCUUCCCGGGAACGAAGCGUGACAUGGCGGCGGCCAAGCCCGAGAACCUCUCCCUGGUGGUACACGGACCCGGGGACCUGCGCCUGGAGAACUAUCCUAUCCCUGAACCAGGCCCAAACGAGGUGCUGCUGAAGAUGCAUUCCGUUGGAAUCUGCGGCUCAGAUGUCCACUACUGGCAGCAUGGUCGAAUUGGGGAUUUUGUUGUAAAAAAGCCAAUGGUGCUGGGCCAUGAAGCUUCAGGAACAGUCAUAAAAGUGGGAUCGUUGGUAAAGCACUUAAAACCAGGUGAUCGUGUGGCUAUCGAGCCUGGUGCUCCCCGAGAAACGGAUGAAUUCUGCAAGAUCGGCCGAUACAACCUGUCACCGUCCAUCUUCUUUUGUGCCACGCCCCCUGAUGAUGGGAACCUCUGCCGGUUCUAUAAGCAUAACGCCAACUUCUGCUACAAGCUUCCUGACAAUGUCACCUUUGAGGAAGGGGCCCUGAUCGAGCCAUUGUCUGUGGGGAUCCAUGCUUGCCAGCGAGCUGGAAUCACGCUGGGGAACAAAGUCUUCGUGUGUGGAGCUGGGCCAAUUGGACUGGUCACUUUGCUUGUGGCCAAGGCAAUGGGCGCAGCUCAAGUGGUGGUGACCGAUCUGUCUGCUUCUCGGUUGUCUAAAGCCAAGGAAGUUGGGGCCAAUUUCGUCCUCCAGAUCUCCAAGGAGAGCCCUCAGGAAGUUGCCCGUAAAGUGGAAAGUCUCCUGGGUAGUAAGCCAGAGGUCACCAUUGAGUGCACAGGGGCAGAGUCUGCCAUCCAGGCCGGCAUCUACGCCACUCGUUCUGGUGGGACCCUGGUGCUUGUGGGACUGGGUUCUGAGAUGACCAAUGUGCCCCUAGUGGACGCAGCCACCCGGGAAGUGGAUAUCAAGGGAGUGUUUCGAUAUUGCAACACGUGGCCGGUGGCGAUUUCAAUGCUUGAGUCCAAGUCCGUGAAUGUAAAGUCCUUAGUGACCCAUAGAUUUCCUCUGGAGAAAGCUCUGGAAGCCUUCGAAGCAUCCAGAAAGGGAUUGGGGUUGAAAGUCAUGAUCAAGUGCGACCCCAGUGACCAGAAUCCCUGAUGUUAAUUGGGCUCUGCCCUCAUCCCCACCCUCUUAGCAUCUCAGAGCUAAAGGGCUGGACUUUGAUGCAGAAGUUUCUUUUAAAUAGUGAGAAUAAUUAAAGCAAUUCAUUAUAAGCAAAGAGCCUUACACAGAGGAGUUGGUGUGCCUUAAAACUUUACAAGCAGGGAUAUUUUGGGGGAACUUCUAGCCCGAAUGACGUGUUCAUGUGGAGCAAAGUUCAGCAAGUAGAGCGGAGCUUUGCAGGCAGGUGCUGGGAGCUCACUUCUUCCUGGAGUGCCUUAGUUGAGUAAGGGAAGAAAUAUGUCCCUUGGGUUCCUGGUUCCACUGUGACUGGCCAGUUGGGGGUUGGGGACUGAGCUGUGAAGAGACAACUUUAACAAGUGUUAACUGGCCUGGAAGCUGUUUUAAAGCACAGUGUUUCUAGACAUUGAUGUUAUUUGGUAUGAUGACAAAAGGAGAAUAAGAGACUGAUCUUCCUAGGUCUAGGGUGGUUUUAAAAUUAACCGAAAUCCCACAUGAGGUCAAACCAGCUUGCAUUCCCCAAGUGUAGAAGUAGUCAGGGAACUUCUCAAUACUGCUUGAAGAUUGCCUCUUUUUCAGCCCCUGAGGAUUCUGUGUAAUUUACUUUACAAGGUGAAGAACUGCCUUCCUAACGCUCCCCACCCACCACCCUUCUGCUGUCCAGGGGCAGCCAGCGAAGACUCCUUUGUCACCUACCUAAGGAGAGUCAUGAGCAUUACUCAUGGGUGACCUUAAAACGCACCUCUGAUUUAGCCCAGGAGGUUUUGGUCAGUGCACCUGUCUUCAUUUCACAAGGAUACCAUCCUUUUCUAGGCUCAAACUCACUCAUGAUUAUUAUGAAAUUCCAUGUAAUGCUGGUAAUUAUAAAUGGAAAACCUUUCCCUUUCUCAUAGCCAGUUAAAACUUUUGGUGUCUUUUUCUGUUUGAAUGAUAUCUCUGGCCUUAUUAAAAUUGUGACCUUAA